AUGGAACAAAAUACGUUUCUAUUAUUGUUGACAAGUAUUCUAGCUGCAAUUGCAACUAUUUUCUCGAUUGUUGGUGUAGCAACCGAUGGCUGGUUUGGUAGUUCCAAUCUCUUCGCAAAUUCAAAUACUGAUCGAACAGCGGCUGGUGCUUUGGUCAUUAUAAGCCUGAUCAGUAAUUCUGCUGAUAAAAUUAAAAGUAUCGUCCUAGGACUGUUAGUUGGCGCGAGUAUCCUUAUUAUCAUUGCCUGUUCGCGUACGAUUGCUGCUGCUGCUACUGCUAUACAGGUGAAGGACUUUAGUUAUCAUCUAGCAACUACAAGUGGUAUUCUUGCCUUUUUAUCAGCAAUCGUUUUUGCUCAUUGGCUUGGACGUACUUCAACACCGUUUGUUUACUAG